GCAACCAGCAAUGGCGCUUGAAUCGGACGGCGACGGAGGAAGAGGGAAGAGGCAGCGGGUGGACGAGCAAGAGGCGCAACGCAAAGAGCUGGCGGCGGCGGUGGCGGGGCAGGAGGCGGCGGUCCCGGUGGUCCGCAUCUCGGCGCUGCCGAACGACUUGCGGCACCGCAUCCUGACCUACCUGCCGCUCAAGGAUGCCAUCCGCACGGCAGUGCUCGCCAAAGGGUGGCGCGACCUCUGGAAGAGCCGCUGGGCGCAUCCAACCUCAUGCCGCGACAUACACCUCCUCCCCGACGACAACCCGAGGAAGAUGCUCGGGCCGCUGGUGAGCGGCCCGCGCCGCCGCCUCGACCGCUUCUCCCUCAUCGUCGAGAACGAGAAGCUCAGGCCCCAGCACCUAAAGCUCUUCCUCGCCUACGCCGCCGAGUGCCUCGUCGAGGACCUCCACGUCGACCUGCGUCAUUGCAAGUCCACGGUGAAGUUCAACUUCCACUUCCCGCUAUCGAGCCCCCGCCUCUUGCACCUCUCGCUUCGCCAUAUCAACAUCUGCUCCUUGUACUACAAGGGCGCACAGCCCUUCUAUGCUCUCGAGGUCAUCCAUCUCCAAUCCGUCACCAUUGCCGUGGCCUUCAGAAAAUUUAUGGCAUUGUGCCCCCGCCUCCACACUCUCGAUCUGCGCCGCUGCGACCUCGACGGCUUCUUAUACGGCGCCAAACCCUUCACCCCGCCGGCAGGGGUGAAUCUGAGGAGUAUCACUGUCGCGGAGUGCAGAGGGGAGGCCAGGUUGGUUGAUGUGGCGGUGCCUAGUCUCCGUUCUUUCCGCUACAACGGCAACUGUGGGGUAUCGUCCUUCUUCCUUCCGAAAGACGCCGCGCUUGCCGACCUUUACAUCUGCUCUGGUGACCCAAUCCCAAUGUUCUUUCACUGGACGGUGUUUGCUAACUAUAUCGAUAGAAGGCUCCCGGAUGAUCUCUCGCGUCUCACUGUACUUACCAUAUGCAGCAAUACCCUCAAGGCUGCGUCUUCCUUGUUGAAUGAUGGAGCAACUGCACAAUUGACUUGUAUGAGGAACUUACAGAGUUUAAGAGAGCUACAGCUGCUCAUGUUUGGAAUGGAUACUAACAAGCUUGCCGACAUCUAUCUGUUCCUCAAGGCCUCCUACUGUCCUAAUCUUGAGAGGUUCUUUGUGCAGCUCCCAGCUAUCAGUGAUGUGCCCGUGGAGGGUUUACUUGAAGAGGUGGAGGUGGAACAACCAGAGGAUGGCUUGGGCAAUCUUAGAACGGUAAAGGUUACAAACUUCAAUUGGCGCCGCAUUGAGUUGCAGCUAGUGAGUUUUUUGUUGAGGAAGGCUAGCUCCCUGCGUAAACUGCUACUAGUUUCUCCCAAUACCACUCCGAUGAAUGUGGCUGGUGUGCCAGAAGCAGACCUUUUGCUUCUCAAAGAAUCUCUGGCCAAUGGCCACAUAGUUCUCAGCGAGUCUGACAAUGCUGCAACUCAGCCAUUUCAUUCAGAGGUCUUCGUCAAGCAUUAGAUUCUGUCACAUGUUGAGUUGUAGCCCUAUAGAUCGUAAUAUCGGAGCAAUAUUCAUUUGGAGUAGUUAAUUGACAACAUUUGAAGGUGUCGGACCCCUCCUUUGGGGUCACCUCGUGUAGCUCAUACCAGUCC